CCGAGCCUCAGCCUUGUCCGCGCCCCGGCAAGCUCGUCGCGACAACCUCAGGCAGUCAUCGCAGACGCAGCGCGUGCAACUGUUACCGUCCUCGUCCUGCCGUGCACUUGACCCGCACAACGCCGCUCACUGCUACUUCACGGCCGCAUACAAUAACGUUCUUCUCAUCAAAGCCACGAAACAAACCAACUCCCCUCGGCUAUUGUCCGCGCCACCUUCACCACUUUACGCGCGGCGCAUCCCACACCCGAACCACACAAAGAUGGAGCCCCGAGCCCGCGCGGGAAAGAACGUCGGCAAGGAGACGUUCAACCCGAAAGAAGUUGCCAACCUCCUCUUCGCGUACGGCGAUGUCGAAAAGCCCCUCCCCGAGACGGUCCGCGUGGCCGACGAGAUCGUGACCGAGUUCCUCGAGGGCGUGUGCUUCGAGGCGAGCCGGCGCGCCCAGGUCGCCGGGCGGCAGAAGCUCAAGUUUGACGACUUUGAGUUUGCGCUGCGCCACAGCCCCGCGUACCUCGGCAAGGUGCGCAACAUGAUUGACAAGCGGCAGCACAUCAACAAGAUGCGCAAGACCUUCAACCAGGACGACGACACACUGGCCAAGGAGGCCGAGCGCGCGGGCAAGAACGGCGCGGCGAACGGCGCCUCGGGAGGAGCGGGGCUGGAGGACGAGCUGCUUGAAGGCCUGAGUGACGAGGAUGAUAUUGCCAAACCGUCAGUGGCUGGAUCGGCAAAGGGGGGCGCCGCGGGGCCCAAGAAGAAGAAGAGGAAGCGCGAGCCCGUAGACUAGGGGCGUUGACGGGAGGCCGGCAAGCAAAUCAUUGCAGAGAUAUCUUUGGUAUAGUGCUUGUGAACGCACACGGGCAAGGAGACUCUUGCUGCUUUCGGAGCAUUUGGGAACGUUGGGCAGUGAAAUGGACCAAAUCACACGGGAUUCGGAGCAUAUGGGAUUUGAGCAUUGUCAUUCAUAGCGCUGGCGUUUGGGCUGAGAUUUUCAACAACAACAACCGCAUAGCAUGGUCUCGUGGGGCGGAACCAUAGAUCAGUCGAGCAGCGGCAGCAAUCGCAGAUACAAAAUAUGGCCAUUUGCAAAUAU